CUUCUCCUCCUUCUCCUCCUUCUCCUCCUUCUCCUCCUUCUCCUCCUUCUCCUCCUUCUCCUAUGGCCCGGAAAACAGUUAGCAGGAAGCGGAAAGCGGCGACGGCUGCCGCCGGGGGGCUCCAAGGGGAGCAGUAUGGGUGGGAUCACUCAGUUCACAAAAGGAAAAGACUCCCCCGGGUGAAAAGGUCUGUGGUGUACUACCUGAAAGGUAGAGAGGUCAGGAUGCAGAAUGAGUCCAGUUAUCACCGCUUGUUACAUGGAUAUGCAGCCCAGCAGCUUCCCAGCCUCUUGAAGGAGAGAGAAUUUCACCUUGGAAUCCUUAAUAAAGUAUUUGCCUCCCAGUGGCUGAACCACCGGCAAGUGGUGUGUGGGACAAAAUGCAACACAUUAUUUGUAAUAGAUGUCCAGACUGGUCAAAUUACCAAGAUUCCUAUUCUGAAAGAUCGUGAACCUGGCAUGGUGAACCAGCAGGGAUGUGGUAUUCAUGCCAUUGAGCUCAACCCCUCAAGGACCUUUCUGGCUACAGGUGGAGACAACCCCAACAGUCUUGCAAUUUAUCGUCUGCCUACACUUGAUCCUGUGUGUGUGGGAGAUGAUGGACAUAAAGACUGGAUAUUUUCAAUCGCAUGGAUAAGUGAUACUAUGGCUGUUUCUGGUUCGCGGGAUGGUUCGAUGGGUCUCUGGGAAGUCACAGAGGAUGUGUUGUCCAAAAGUGAUGCCAGGCAUAAUCUCUCUCAAGUUCCUGUCUAUGCCCACAUAACACACAGGGCUCUGAAAGAUAUUCCUAAGGAGAACACCAAUCCUGACAACUGCAAAGUCCGAGCAUUGGCUUUCAACAAUAAGAACAAGGAGCUGGGAGCUGUGUCCUUGGAUGGGUAUUUUCAUCUUUGGAAAGCAGAACACACACUAUCAAAGUUACUUUCCACAAAGUUGCCAUACUGCAGGGAAAAUGUGUGUUUGGCUUAUGGUCAGGAGUGGUCAGUGUAUGCAGUAGGAUCACAGGCACAUGUCUCCUUUCUGGAUCCAAGGCAGCCUUCUCACAAUGUUAAAUCCGUCUGUUCCAAAGAACGAGGCAGUGGUAUUCGAUCGGUGAGCUUCUAUGAGCACAUCAUCACAGUGGGAACCGGGCAAGGUUCCUUAUUGUUUUAUGAUAUCCGAGCCCAGAGGUUCCUGGAUGAAAAGCCCCCAUGUGCCUGCCAUGGACAGAAGCAGAAAUUAGGAGGAAGUGAAAUUUUAAAGUUGACUACUGGGAAAGGUUGGCUGAAUCACGAUGAAACCUGGAGAAAUUAUUUUUCUGACAUACAUUUCUUCCCAAAUGCUGUUUAUACCCACUGCUACGACUCAUCUGGAACGAAACUCUUUGUGGCAGGAGGCCCCCUUCCAUCAGGACUUCAUGGGAAUUAUGCUGGUCUCUGGAGCUAAUGAUAACUCUUCAUAAAUGCUGACUUUGACACAGAUUUCCACUUUACCAUUUUAAAAACAAAAUUGUGUGAUGCUCUUGACUUCUGGUUGAAAUGCAAGUUAUUUUUUGGCAGUUUUCUGUUGGUCUCCAACAGUCUUGUACAUCUUUUUGAACCAUUAUUUUUGCUUUAAUCUCCUUGAUCUUUUAUAUGAAGGGUUUUUUAAAUCCUUUUUUUAUUGUAUUUACUCCAAAUUACUCUUCCCCCACAUUUAGGCUGUCUUGGCCAUGUGCCUCCUCCUCUUUGCUGUGACAUAGGUUUCCUUUCUUGUGGCAUGGUUGCUUCUGGACUUUCUGUGAAAGUCUAGGAGCUGUGUGUCUUCAGAUAUUUUGUGUUAGUUCCAUUACUCGGAGUGAGGACUACUUGUAAUUUAAAAAUAUUUGUAAGAGAUAAAGUAGUAGCUUAUCUGUAGAGCCUGGCCCUAGUCUGGGUUAAUCUUAUUUUUUAAAAGUACAAGUCUAAUGACAAUGUUUAUACAUAGAGGAGUAUAGUAAUUUUAAUAUGUUCUCAUUGGAACCCAGGGACAGAUUCCCCUGGGGUAUUGCCCAUCAAGCCCAAAGUGCAGGAGUCUUCAAAAAUGCAUUUGUAUUUGAAUUGUAGUUUUCAGCAGUUCCCAUAGAAAAUUUAUCCACUGUUCCUUUUCUGCUUCUCCCAGGUAUCAGCUUGCACAACUGGAGUUUGUAUAGGCUGUUCUGCAGUGUGGCUAUUGCAGGAUGAUAUUACAUUGAGGGUCUACAGAGCUGCUGAGAGGAAAUGGGGACUAUGGACAUGAGUGUUCUUGUCCUUCAAAAUGAACUAAAUCUAUCAAUUUUCCAGAUGAGUAAAGAUUACUUAGUAUGCUGCUGUGGUAGCUCAUGGGUUCUUCAUAAACUGCCUAAAACCCAGGACCUCUUUUUUCCCAGGUUGUGGAAACUUUUCUCAUUUUAGUUGUUCUGGUUAGCCAUCUCCUCUAAUAUGCCAAUGGAAUAAAUAAACUGGAUUGUUUUUCCUCCGAGGUUAAAGAGUGCAUCUUGGACUUGUCUAAUGCAAGCUGAAAGCUUUCCAUGUAGCAAGAUAACUUGCUGUUAGCUCACAUUGAGCUAGCAGCAUCUGUUGUUAUUGAGAAACCGCUCAGACUAUUCAGCCUAGUCUUCAUAAAAGUAUGGCAAACGUCGUUUAUUUCUAUCUUUAGCACACUUUUAUAGGGUUUGACAGGGUCCACAGGCUUAGCAAGUUACUAUUGGCUAAUACACAUAGGUUUACAUUUUUUCUCUCAUACACAAAGAUAUUGUUUUGCUUCAUUCUCUCUGCUUCAGGAGAGUUUCAAGGACAUUGGUCUUUAAUAUCACCACUUAUACCAAAGCCUGGUUUGUGCAGACAGGCUUUUACUAAAAUAUAAAAUAUUUCCUACAUGUCAUCUUGUUUGCUGUAGGAGAGGCUCAGGUUUUCCUCGAAUCCUCUGCUGUCUUCUGCAAUCAAACUCCCACAAACUUCAUGUGGGACUGGGUGGGGGAAUAGGUCAAACGUCCAGAUACAGCCAUGAAGUGUGUGCCUUCCAGGGUGGUGGUCUUACCUAAUACUCAUUAAAAUGCAGGACUCAAAGGUGCUCCUCCUAGCCUUUUGGCAGGCACCAAGCUUGGGUUGUUACUGACACCUCUGUCCUCUGCUGGAAUAAAUGCCUUUCCCAUGCCCUUGUCACCAGUGGAGCAGAGUAUGCCUGUAUCUCACUACUUUGGUGCCAAAUAGGUAGUUAGCUGUGCUGGUUUUUCAUUGAUUGACAUUUGGGGAAGAAGUAAGAAACUACUUACAGAAGUGAUUUUUUUUGAGAGAAGCUGUUGGGAGAUUCUUCUGUGCCUGGGAAAGGCUAAUAGAUGUCUAGUUCUGGGGACUGACAACAUUUUAAACUAUUUAGAAAUUAGAUCCGCCUCUGUGAGAUCUACAUUUUAAAAACAGCAGGCCUGGCAAAUUCUUUUUUCUUGGCUUUUGGUCUCAGAAGGUAACUGAGCUCUGGUGGGGCCAGCCCUCCUCUCUCAUGGCCUGGAGGGGGGGGGGGGCGGGGGCGAGUCAGACCCCAGUGGCUCUCGGGCAGGGGACAGGAGGUUGGGGGAGCCCUGGCCACAGGAUGGGCCAAGCCACAGCUGCUAACAUCUUGCUGACACUAAGCCUUCCCUGGCUUGUACUGACGGCUCUAGGACAAAGUAAGACUGCUCGCCCCUCCCUCCCCAGUGGCUGCCGGGUAGAGGGAGGGGCCCAGCGAGGCCUGAAAUCCAUCACCAUGAUAUUAACACUUUCACUACACAGAUGAGACCUGCAGACCUUAAUCUUCUCUCCAGGGAGAUAAAAAGAGCGAUGACACCAAAGUCAGUAAAAAAAGAGUCAAGGCUCAGAUAGAAGGAGAAUAAGGAGAUGCCCUAAUGGGGCUGAAAGCUCUUUUAGUAGUACCAUGGAGAUAAACAAUGAUACACUGAAAUAUUUCCUUUAAUUCAUGAGACAGUAUGUGGGGAUGAAGUAUUCAAACUGUAGAUGUGAGCAAAGGCAUCCACUGAUAAAGCCAAGCAGAUGUUGAAGUAACUGUGAUCCCAUGAAAAGCUUAGAUAUAGAGAGAGAUGAGAGUGAUGACGACCUUUUGCCCCCAGGGAGAGAAGAAAACCUCUGUUCCCAGAGAUGAAGAUGAUCGCAGAGACAGAUGAAGAGAACCUUUGCCUUUAAACAACUCAUCCUUAAAAUAAUACCCCAUGAGUUCAUAGCCCAUGGACACAACUAUAAAAGGGCUGUGAAAAUAGGAAGAAUUUCACGAUAGCAUAACUUUUCCCAGGCAGCUGCUGUUCAUAGAAAUGAAAAACCACAAGAGAACUGUUUCUUGUAGAGAAGUUUCCAUGACAUGGCAAGAAAAAACUCCUCCCUACAAAAACUAAUGAAAGACUAUUGUAUAGUUGGUAACUGAUUUAACAUCCCAGGUUUUGUCUCUACAUUGUCAGUUGAGAAAGGAAAGAAGUUAGUCAGGGAGAGUAAAAGUGUUCUGGAAGUUUUAUUCUAAUUCUCCUUAUUCUUUUAGUUCUAUUUAUAAAGUUUUUUUAUAACUUUUGAAGUUUAAGCCUGUUUUUCUCUUCUCCUAAUCCAUAUCUCACAACAAAACAUAAGUGCACUAGUAAUUUUUAGGCAGCACUAAACCCACCACAUUAUUUAGUACAUUAGCCAAGAAACCUAAAUUAGCAAAUCUAAACCACUACAUUGGCUGAAGAUGAGAAGAAUGACAAAGCUGUGACAUGCUUUGUUCUGUGUCUGCUAGAGAUCACAGCCACCACUGUAAAGUAGCUCUAGUCCCAUAUGCAGUUCCUGCCAGAUUGCGUAGAGCUAGUCCGCAUGUGUCUUUGCGGUCCCUCUCAUCUUUGUACUAUAUAUCUUCAUCAGUAAUGCCAAGCAGUGAGACUUGGACUUAAUUUCUGGUUGGUAGUGGACACUUGGAUGAAAAUCCUACAAGGAAUACAGUUCCCUCCCAUCCUGGUGAAAAUCCUGUUAAGCGGUCUCCCAGACAUGCACCUGUCUUAGAAGUAUAAUUUACUCGCACUGAGCACUGACAUGCAUAAUUCACAAACAGAUCUUUUUGUGGUGUGUCCUGGGGUGACUUUAUGAUAUUGGUAUUCCCAAUCUCCUGCUUUAUAUAUAUAUCAAGUUCUGCACCUUUAAGGUAAGCUUUGGGAGCUAGGGAAGUUGAAACUGCUGGAGGCUGAUGGGAGUUUUUUCUCCUGACCAAUUACUAGCCAUUUCUGAGAACCGGCAGUGAUUUUGACCACUGAAAAGUGAGAUCAACCUGUGAACACCUACUUUAAGAUGUGAGUCCGGGAAUCUCUUGUUCUCUUUGGUUUCUGGCUUCUGAAAAGGUAACAGGCUUCGGCUCGGCGUACUCCUUCCCCUCCCCCCCCACCAGGCUGGACAAGGCCGUGGAGGGUGGGGGGGAGAAAAGCAGAGCCGGCAGGCCUGACUCAGUUUGCAGUUUCUGCCGCUGAACUGAAACCUGACACCAUGAACAUCUGCAGCUUGAGCAAGACUUUAACUCUUUCAGUACCCGGAUGAGACUUGCAGAUUAAUCCUUUUUUUCCCAGAGAGAGAGGAAGAGAGAGAGGGAGUGAUCAACAUGUAAGGAGACACCCUAAAACCAUCAAAGACAGUGAAGAAAGGAAUUAAGUUUUAGAUGGGAAAGAGAGAAUAAGGAGAUGCUUUAAUAAGCUGAAAUAUUUUUCUGUUAAAGCUAUGGAGAUGGACAAUAGUGUUCUGAAAAAAUCUCCUUUAAUUCAUGACAGAGUAUAUUGGGAGGAAUGGAGCGUUCAAAGUGUGGAUUUUGAGCAAAUGGUAAAGUGGUUGUGAUACUGUGAGAUGCUGGAACAGAGGGGGAGAAGUAACAGUUGAAGAUUUGUGGCCGUUAAGAGGCAAAGAGAAAACUUCUGUUUCCAGAGGGGCUCACAAAAACAGAUGAAGAGAACUUUUGCUUUUUAAUAACUCAUCCUUAAAAAUGACAUCCCUAGACUCAUUUGACCCAUAACACACCUCAGAGUGAUGUGAAAUGGGUGGAGUAAACUGAUGGCAGAAUUUCCGGGCAGCUGGCAUCAGAGAAAUAGAAAGCUAUUAAAGAAAUAGCUUUCUUGUGAGUAACUCCAUAGAUUAGCAGAAGAAGACUUCCAUUUCUCUACAAAGACUGAUGAAAGGAUUAUAGCAAGAAUUGAGACUGUUUUAAACACCAAAGUUUUUUCUGUCUCUAUGUUGUAAUGUGAACAAGGGAAUGGUUGGGUAGUGGGGGAGAAAAGGGUUGUUCUGGAGGUUUUAUUCUGGUUUCUUAUUCUUGUAGUUUUUGUUAAU